AUGGACUUGAAAUACAGCACAAGACCGGCCGAUUGUGCCGAAUCGCAAACUGCAGCUGCAACGUCGGAUUCUGCAGCAUCGCGACGUGCAGCAUCAGAAUCUGCCGAGUCGGACUCUCCAGCAUCGGAGCCUGCAGCAUCGGCGCAUUCUGCAGCUUCGGCGCAUUCUGCAGCUUCGGCGCAUUCUGCAGCUUCGGCGCAUUCUGCAGCUUCGGCGCAUUCUGCAGCUUCGGCGCAUUCUGCAGCUUCGGCGCAUUCUGCAGCUUCGGCGCAUUCUGCAGCUUCGGCGCAUUCUGCAGCUUCGGCGCAUUCUGCAGCUUCGGCGCAUUCUGCAGCAUCGGCGCAUUCUGCAACUUCGGCGCAUUCUGCAGCAUCGGCGCAUUCUGCAGCUUCGGCGCAUUCUGCAGCUUCGGCGCAUUCUGCAGCUUCUGCGCAUUCUGCAUCUUCGGCGCAUUCUGCAGCUUGGGCGCAUUGUGCAGCGUCGGCGGAAUGCGCAGCGUCGGCGGAAUGUGCAGCGUCGGCGGAAUGUGCAGCGUCGGCGGAAUGUGCAGCGUCGGCGGAAUGUGCAGCGUCGGCGGAAUGUGCAGCGCAUUCCCGCGCGUCAACGACGUCAGCAGGUCGCAGCAAGGCAGCACAUACUGUACCGCCGACGCGCAUCCCAAAACCGAGCAACAAGAGAGUGAAUGUGAGGCGCGUGGAGGGAGCGACUCUGAUUCCCCGGCCUAGCUGUGCUGCACCACACAGGGAGGUGCGGAGAGUGCAACUUGCCCUCUGUGACUGCCUCUAG